AUGGAGUUGUUCAAGCCUCCGCUAGUUCUGACGCUCGCAGCAUUGUUCGAAGUUGCUUCUGGCCGAACAGUGCACUUCAGCGUCGAGAUUGAGGCAGGACUUCUUGAUCCGACAAAAAAUGGACCUCGUCCAGGUAUCCUCGUCGAUGGCACAUUUCCGGGACCACAGCUUCGAUUGAGAGUUGGCGACGAGGUUGAGUUCUUGGUCGUCAACUCGUACUCACAAGAAGUUGCCAUACACUUUCACGGCAUCAAGCAGUCAACAACACCUUGGUCAGAUGGAGUGCCUGGUGUGACGCAGAGCGCGAUUCGUCCAGGAAGUAGCUUUCUCUACAGGUGGCGAGCAGAGGAAGCGGGGACAUCCUUCUAUCAUGGCCACACACGAGGUCACAUUAUGGAUGGGCUUUAUGGAGCCAUCAUCAUCGAGCCGGACACCUAUGCUCGUCGACCUUUCCAUUUGAUCAGUCGCAGCGCCCAAGAGCAGAAGGCUAUGGUAGCUGCAGAAGCAAGAAUUGAAGCUUUGCUCUUGGCGGACUACACUCACAUGGCAUUCGAGGAGUUCGAUCGCGUCCAAAGUGAUGCUAAUGUUGAGAUCCUAUGCAUGGACUCUAUCAUCGUCAACGGCGGCGGUGCCGAGUACUGUCCGUCGCGCAAGGAGAUCGACAGUGUUACCGAUGUCAUGACAUGGAAGCUACUGGAUCUUGUGAACGUUACUGGAGGAAUGACCAACAAAGGAUGUCUUCCGCCGCUCCAAAUUGUUCAAGGCGAUUUUGACUUGAACCUUACUGCACUGCCGCCACGAGUCUUUGACGAGUGCAAACCAGGCUCGGCAGUGAACAGCAACUACACAGUCAGUGUUGACAGCCAAAAGAGUUGGGCUGCACUUUCGUUCAUCAACGCAGGUGCACAGCAUCCGUUGCUUGUCAGUAUCGACAACCAUCCCCUGCACGUGUUCUCGGUGGAUGGCCAAUACGUCAGACCGUUCACCACAGAUCAGGUCGCCGUAGGCAACGGCAACCGCAUACACGUACUUCUCGAGCUGGAUCAGACCCCAGGCCGGCAUACAAUUCGCAUCGCUCAUCAAUUGCCCAAUCAGAUUGUCGCUGGGUUUGCCCAUCUGGUGUACGAUGGCAUCGAUAGGCCAGCCAAAUCGGACUCCAAUUUCAACUACGCCGGACGAGCUCUGCCAGGGGUGAAGGACGUCACCCUCUUCGAUGAAACAAUGUCGGUACCAUAUCCUCCCGUGCAUCCUGCUCCACAGUCCAAUCGAACUCACAAGCUGCUUCUCAAGAAACUUGGAGCUCCUCACACUUCUGGCGAGUGGACGCUAUCGGGUGUAUCAGGCUAUAAUAGAAGCUCGGAGCAUGCCGAUCCUCCUCUGCUUUUCAACCUCACAGAAGAAACGAGCGACCUUUUGGUUCGGACAAGGAAGAAUGAGUGGGUAGAUCUGAUUGUCGAGACGGAAGGUCCAAUCUCACGAUACCAUCCCAUGCACAAACAUGGCAACAAGUUCUUCGUCCUGGGCUUCGGGACAGGGCGCUAUCCUUGGGACACAGUCGAGGAAGGUAUGCAGGCUCUUCCAGCCGGCUCUUUCAAUCUCCAGAAUCCGCCAUAUCUGGAUACUGUGAGGACGAAGACAUCGAUGACCGGUGCAUGGCUGGCUUUGCGAUACAAGGUUGAGCAAUCAGGCCCAUGGAUGUUUCAUUGCCAUAUACAGCCGCAUCUAAGUGGGGGUAUGGGCAUGGUGAUACUGGACGGCGUGGACAAUUGGCCGGAGACGCCGAAAAUGUACAUCGAGCGGAAUGGAUUUGAUCAGCGGCCUGCCGGGAAGAAGCUGGAUCCGAUUGACCACGGGGAAUUGAAGUCAUGA